UGAUUGUUUGAUUUCUUCUGAAAAUGGAUUCAGACUCACUAGAAACUCUUCAAAGACAUCGCAAGUAUGUGGUGUUACAGUCAUCUGAGUAUGGAAAAUAGGGUCAAUAAAUCAUGUCCAACGGCCUUCUUUGUUUUAAAGAAUGGACUACCUGCACAUGCAUGAAAUGGAAUCAGUUUUCGAUUUGGAGGUUAGGUUUAUUAAUUUAUUUUUAAAUGUUAACCCAGCUAGCAUAAUAGGACUGUUUUUACAUACAGUUAUACUAGAUUCAAGUGACCUGUUGAUUUACUUUUUUGCCUCUAAGUGGGCAUCCACUUUUUUGCAGGCAGGGCAGGUGCUUAUUUAUGCUUGACGUUAAUCAUGGAGGACUUAUUCGAGGAUUGUCAGUGUAUCAUUCGAUCUCCUGUAUACAUUAUAUGGAUUUUAUUUGCACUGUAUAAUAUAAAUAUGCCUCAAAAGAGUCAUUCUUAUUACCACACUCAUUAGCAUGCCACGUUUUCAAGUGACAAAGGUGUAGAAUUAAAUCACAAUUUCAUUAUCUUUCCAUUCAAGGAUUGAAAUUAUGCAAUCGUACUGGCAUCAUUUGUUCUGUAGAAACAUUACAGUAAUUGAUACCUUUCGUUAAGUUUUAUGAAUUUCCUUUAUUUCUAAUAUUUUUUUGUUAGAUGGAAUUACUGUAUUUUUUAUUGUAUUAUGCCUGAUGUGUGGUUACAGAAAGUUUGACUUAGCUUAUUCUUUCCCAACACCAAAAUAAUAGUCCCUGUAUGGUACACGAGUGUAAACUAUUAUAAUAUUUUUUUGCUAUAAGUUCUAAUUUUAAAACAUCAAAAAAGAUUUAAGGCAUGUAGAGGUAUUCAUGAACGGGUGUUUUAUUCUUGUCAUCUUACAUCCUUGUCAAUCAUAUAACCACUUCUUUUCGCUUCUACAAUUUUUUUUUAGUUUGCUUAUACAUAAAAAUUCUGUCAUUCUUCCCCUAUGAUGGACGAUGCUUCGACAUAUUGUAAAACUAGCCUCAAGACAAUUUUAUUCUCAAAGUUUUGCUUGCGGGAGAGAGGGAAUGCUGGCAGGAAUGGGAAAUCCACUGUUAGAUAUUUCAGCGAACUGUGAUCAAUCAUUCCUAGAUAAGUAUGAUUUAAAACCAGAUAAUGCAGUUCUUGCUGAAGAAAAACAUAUACCAUUGUAUCAAGAGAUGAUAGCAAAUUAUGACGUUGAAUAUAUUGCAGGUGGUGCUACACUAAAUACUAUCAGAGUUGCACAGUGGCUUGUUCAAAAACCAAAUGUUAUUUCAUAUUUUGGAUCUAUUGGGGAUGACGAGUAUGGAAAAACGUUAUUGGCAAAGUCAAAAGAAGCUGGAGUAAACAUGAAACCUCAAAUUAACAAAGAACACAGCACAGGUACAUGCGCUGUGGUUAUCACUGGUAGUAAGCGUUCUCUUGUAGCAAAUCUUGCCGCUGCCAACCAUUUCAAGAAGACACAUUUUGACGUCAAGGAAAACUGGGAUAUUGUUGAAAAAGCAGAUUAUUUUUAUAUCGGGGGAUUUUUUUUAACUGUUUCACCAGAAUCUAUAUUGAAAAUGGCAGCCCAUGCUUGUGAACACAACAAGUACCUCAUGAUGAAUUUAUCUGCACCGUUUUUAUGUCAAUUCUUUGCUGAACCGAUGAGUAAAUGUCUACCGUAUAUCGAUAUCCUCUUUGCUAAUGAAUGCGAAGCUGUAGCUUUUUCCAAGCAACAGAAUUUCGGGACUAAUGAUCUGAAAGAAAUAGCCCUUAAAACGUGUUCGCUUGACAAGCUAAAUAAGAAUCGUGAAAGAAUGGUAGUAUUCACGCAAGGUGAAGAACCAACUAUCUGUGCCUACGAGGGUAAAGUAACAGAGUAUCCAAUCAUAUCUAUUAAAAAGGAGGAUAUCGUAGAUACAAACGGUGCUGGAGAUUCAUUCGUUGGAGGUUUUCUCAGCCAGCUUAUGCAAGGUCGCGACAUAGCACAGUGUGUUCGAGUUGGCCAUUACGCUGCAAAUUACAUCAUUCAACAAUCCGGUGUGUCGUUGACCGGAACACCGAAAAUUCCGACAGAAUAAAGUAAAAAAUAUGAUUUUUUAAACUUGUUUGUCGAACGUAAUUUUUUAUAUGCAGAUAGUAUUUUAUAUGAUCGCUUCCUUCA